AUGUUUCGACCAAUUUUUAAACUAUUUAAGUACAUUUUAUAAAUUUCAUCCCAUUAAUAAUGUUUAGAUUUAAAUGAACAAUUUUAUAAGUGGACUCAACAAUCUAAAAAUGCUUAAGAGCUGAUGAUAAAAUUUUUAUCUUAAGUUUCAGUUCCAGAUUUGAAUUCUAUUAAUAUAAGAAAAGAAAUCAACAAUAAUUGGAUUAUAAGUUAUAAUGUAUUAUGUGAAUGUAUAAGGAAUUAUAUGAGUUCUUUUUCACCUAAAAUAUGGAACCAAAUAUUCUAGACAAUGUAAAGAGUUGAAAUGAUAAACUUUUCAUAAGAAGAGAUAAUGAAGUUCUUUAUUAAUUCAUCUGAUUAUGAUGAUCAAACUUUAAUAAAAAUUAUGGAUGGCUUAAAUUAACUUGCCUUGUAAAUAGUUGAAAAAGUUUAAAUAAAUAACAAUACAACUGAUAUUAAUUAAGUUUACAAGCAAUUUGCUAUAGAUAAAAUUGUCCUCAUUGUUUAAUCUAAUGUUUUUAGAUUAGAAAAAAUAUGGUAGACAGUAGAAGCCCUGUUGUUGUGUUUAUGCUAGUCAAAGUCAUAAGAAAUGAGGUAAUACUCUUUAAAUAGUUUGAAAAGCAUCAUUUGCUAGUGUUUUAAUAAUAAAUAUCUAAAAAUUGAUCUAUUUAAUGCUAUGUAUGAAUUAAUAAAUUCACGAUAUGAUGAUGUAGUCGAAUAUAUAAUGAAUCUGUUAUAUUUUUUAAUAAAAUAAUAACAAAUAUCAGAUACAUUAUAUAUCGAUUUAAUAAAAGUAUUUGAGACUUUAUUAAAUGAAAAGGAAGAGUUUAUUCAUUUAUUGUUAUGUUUGAAUUGCUUAAGCGAAUUAAUUUUUAAUUAAUUAGAUUCAUUAAAUGACUAAUGCUUGAUGAGAAUGGCAAGCAUUUGCGUAUAUCUUACAAAAUAUUUGUCAAAAUAAUAUUAAAAUGAAAUUAAACACAAAAUCAUAUGUAUGUUAUGGUAAUUGUAAUUAAAAUCUAUCUAACAUAAAUUAAAUAAUCCUGGUUUGUGGAAUAUGUCUUUGAAAUUAAUUAAAGAUAGGAUGGAAAAUUAAGAUGAUUUAAAAUUUGCAGCUUUACAUAUAGCUUCAUAAUUAUGUUUGAAUUCACAAAAUGAAUAGUUCACUGAAAUUUAUGAAUUAUUUGAAGAGUUAAUGAAUAAUUGUAUAAAUCAAUACUUAAGAAUAGAAUUUUAAUAAAUUAGCCUUUUUAAUAAUACUCCAAGAUUUAGUAAUAAUAAUUUAAUAGAAACUCCUAAAUUUUAAAUGUAAUCAAUAAAAUUUGACAAGCAAACAGUUAAUGAAUAAUACAAAUAAUCAUUAGAGAUUUUAAAAUUAUGUAUUUCACUUUGGGCUGAAAUAGUUAUUUAAAAAAAAAAAUAUGAAAAGUUUUAUUAUCACAUUUAAUCUUUCAAUUAAGCGCAACUAGUUUAUAUAAAACAUGAAAUAGUUAUAGUACUAUCUAAGAUUCUAGAAAAUUCAAGUAAGUAAAUAGAAGUAUCAUUGGAUAUUCUUAAUUCCUUAUUGGAUAAUGAAUAAAUUGAUACUCAAUAUUUUAUUGAUAAUGACACUUUUUAAUAUAUUUGCUAAAUAUUGAGUCAAGGAUUUAAAACCUAACAAUAAAAGUCAUUUGCCAUUAGUUCUAAGUUAAUGGCUCUAGUUUGUAAUGAAAAUUACUUAUUUGAUGAUUCCAUUUUAAAAUCCUAUGUUUCAUAAUGUUUGCCUGGUUAUGAUGUAACUGAAGAAGAUGCUAUUAAAUGGUUAAACUUUAUUUCUGAAUAAUUUGCUUCAAUAGGAGUUCAAUUAAGAUUUCAUAAAUUAUUAGAAAUGCUAUGCACAUCAUAUGAUAUUAUUAUUAGAUAAAAGUUAACAUCAAAAAUGAUUGAACCAACUGUAAAAUUUAUUCGAGCUUUGAUCCUCUAAUUGAAUGUACAAAUUAUAAUUAUUAUUAGAAAUGCUAAAGAUUUUUAAAUGAUAAUUCAGAAAGAUUAUAGAUCAUUUUUAUCAAUAAAAUAAAGCAUUUGAUUUCAUAAAUAAUUUCAUAUUUAGAUUAAGAUGUUCUCAGAUAAAUUGUAGAACCUAUUUUAAUGUAAAGUAAGAAAAUUUAUGAUUGGGUAUAAUAUUUCUUAUCACUUCAAUAUAAUUAAGAAUAGGAAUUAAUCAUAAUUGAAUUAAUUACAAUGUUUUACAUCAAUUAAAUAGUUACAAAGGAAAAUAUUUCUUAAUAGACUACAAUAAUUAAUAUAAUAAGUUUAUUUUAAACCAAUAAUAAUCUGAAUAAUAAAAUUCUAGAAACCGUAAAGCCUACUUUAUUAUCCUCUAUAUAUUCUAAUUUAGCAUAAUUUAUAGAGGAAACUGAAAGGAAAAAUGAAGAAGUUCAUAAUAUGGGUUUAAUGCUUGAUUUUUUAUAUUUUCAAGAAUAGAUUCUGCACCCUGUAAUUUUGCAAUUUAUAAAAUGUGAAUAUUUUGAUUUGAGAUUAAAGAUUGUGCAAUUACUCAAAAAGUUUAAACCUUAAUGA